GAGAGAGAGAGAGAGAGAGCAAAUGAAAGGCUCUGAAACUUGAGGUUUUUUCCAUUCGCUAUAUCACUCUGAACCAACCAAGUCCCAAACCAAAAAAAUCACGGGAAAAAAAAUAAAUAAAUAAAAAAAUAAAAAAAUAAGGAAUGGGCUUUGUGGUUGGGAGCUCCUGCUUCUUGCAACCUUCUCUCUCCCACUCUCCUUUUGCUUCUUCCUCUUCUUCUUCUUCUUCACGCUCCAUUUUCGUACACUCUUCCUCUAGAAAUGCCGACUCCAAGCGAAGGCGGGCUACUGUACCAAUGGCUUCUGCCACUCCUAGCCAAGAAGACCCCGGAGACAGGGUUUCUUCCCAAAGGAGGGUGAUUCUUUUGGCCGGUGUUUCGAUCCUUCCAUUCUUGCAGCUAAGGGCCAGAGCUCUUGAAGAGUUGCCCCCUAAAGAAAGUGAGCCAAAGACACCUGAGGAGAAACCAAAAGCAGAGCAAGCCCUAAAGGACACACCGCCUAAUUCGCCUUUGUCUCUCCUCAAUGGUCUUGGCAUAUUCAGUUCUGGCGUGCUUGGUGCAUUCUACGCAUUGGCUCAGAAAGAAAAAACAGCCACUAAUGCAACAAUAGAAUCUAUGAAGACCAAAUUGAAAGAAAAGGAUGCUGCCAUUGUUUCAUUGGAAAAGAACUUUGAAACGAAGCUACUGAAUGAGCAGGAAGAAAGAACAAAGCAAAUCAGAAAGGCAAUGGAAGAGCAGCAGACUCUAUUGAACAAGCUAAAUUCAGCAAACAGUACAAUUACAGGCUUAGGACAGGAGCUAAAAAGUGAGAAGAGAUUGAUAGAGGAGCUUAAAUUUCAGGUUGACAGUCUUGAAACCAACCUUUCAAAGGCUACAGAAGAUAAGAAGGCCCUGGAAGAAAAUCUGAAGGAAAAGCUUAACUUUAUUGAAGUCCUACAGGAAAAGAUAAGUUUGCUCAGUUCAGAACUCAGGGAUAAAGAUGAAGAUGUCCAAAAACUUAGCUCUUCUCUUGCUGAUAAGGAUUUAGAGCUGAGGAACAUGAAAACUAGCAGUGAUCAGCUUAAGGAUCAAUUGGUCGAUGCUCAAUCUGAAAUCCAUCGUUUUAAGGAUGAACUCCUGGAAAAUCAAAAGGAAAUAGAACAGAAAAAUUCUGCUCUGGAAGAAGCAAAUGCAACAGUAAUUUCUUUAAGGAAUGAAGUAGAUCAUUGUAAAGGGAAAUUGGAUGCUUUUCAGGAGGAUUACAAUGGCUUAAAGCUAUCUUCUGAAAAGAAGGCGGCUUUGGAUGCUAAGCUUUUGGCUGAGAAGGAAGAGGAACUUAAGCAACUAAAGGAAAAGUUUGAACUUGCUUUAAGUGAGGCUAGUGAAAACAAAGACAUGAUUGCUGAUUUAUCCCAUGAAAGGGAGAACUUGAAGAAACUGCUGGAUGGAGAAUCCAGCAAGGUGAAUGAGCUGAAAUACGAGGUUCAGGUCACUGAGGAAGCUCUUGGAAAAUCAAGAAAUGAGGCCUCUGAUCUGGAAAAGCAGCUAAUACAUUCAAAAAAACUGUGUACAGAACUUGAGGCUGAGGUUUCUGGAGUUCGGUCUGAAUUUGCUGAAGUUAGGUAUUCAUUGCAGAAGAGUCUUGAUGAUGCCAAGUCAAGUGGUGGUUUUCUUGCUAGUGAGCUAACAGCAACAAAGGAAGUUCUGAAGAAGACAAAAGAACAGCUACGAACUGUUACUAAUGAUCUAACUCUUGUUGUGGAAAACAAAGAUAAGCUGCAGAGGGAAUUGGUCGAUGUCUAUAAAAGAGCAGAAAGUGCUGUUAAUGAUCUAAAAGAAGAGAGAAAGGCUGUGUCUUCUUUGAACAAUAAAGUAGAAGCCUUGGAGAAGCAGAUCUUGAAGGAUAUGGAAGCUCGUAAAUCUCUUGAAACAGGUCUAGAGGAGGCUAGAAAGUCACUUGAUGAGAUGAACCAAAAUGCAUUGAUACUUUCGAGAGAAGUAGAGAAGUCUAAUUCUCGUAUCUCUGACCUUGAAGCAGAGAAAGAGUUACUUUACAAGUCCCUAACAGAGCAAAAGAAUGUAUCAAAGGAGGCCCUGGAAAACCUAGAAGAUGCACACGAAGUUGUGAUGAAACUUGGCAAGGACAGGGAGAGUUUGGAUAAGAGAGCAAAGAAACUUGAAGAGGAACUGGCAUCUGCUAAGGGUGAAAUAUUGCGACUAAGGAGCCAACAGAAAACAUCAAAACCUCUUGUCAACAAUGAGAAACCCCAGAAAGUUGAAGAUGCAGGCAAAGUCACUGUUACUGCUAAGAGAGUUGGCAGGAGAAGAAAGGCCAAUUCCGAUUAAGAUAGUGAAUUCUCCUGUAGCUGUAAUACCUUUUCCUCUUAUUCAUAAUAUUCCUCUGUAGUCGGCUGUUUCUUAAGGCUUUCUUCUUGCCUGACUUUCACAAAUUUUUCCCAAUAAACAAUGCACUAUACAAAUGAAUGAGGCUUGAAAAAUGAAUGAACAUAGUGGUGAAUGUAAAUGAUUGUUGCCCACUGCUUUUGCUUCUUGUAUAUUUUCAGUGUACAGUACCAGUUCUAGUAUUAAAUGGGUUAAUGGAAAAUUCUUUUCCUUUCUAUAAUCUGUUUUUAUGUAUUGAGAAUAAUAUUAUUAAUAAGAGGUUAUUGUAUUAUUAAGUAAUA